AUGGCGGCGAUGAACCUUGAUCUUCCAGGCGCCGCUGGUAGUGACAUGAUUAACACUCUAUAUUUGACUUACAAGGCAGCUCAGCAGAUCACCGAGACUCUUUGGGUCAACGAGAGGGAUGAAGAGCUGAGAUCAUUUUGUGCCAGCCUUAUGGCAUACUUCAACAUGAUAAGAAGGAGCCUAAGUAUUAUGGACGAUACAAAUGUGCCCGACGUGGAUAGCGGCCUCAUUACCCUGCUGCUGUCACCAAUAAAGCUCAUGUUUCCAACCAGCUCCCUUCAAGUCCCUAUCAAAGACAGGUUGCGAGAAAUAAUUCGGUCAGGCGAAAACAUCGGUUACACAAAAGGCGAUAUCGCUAAGUUGAGGGAUAUCUUAUCACUGGACUUGAUGAAGACAUACAAGUUGCGGAAUGAAUUACUGAAAUCAUUGGCCAUGUGCGAGGAAACUCUGCGUGAUAGCUACCUUGAAGACCCUUCUCGAUGGGGCGAAGAAGACUUUUCUCCUCAGCUCAUCAUCGCAGAGCUCCCUUACGAUAUUUUGAAUGCUGCUCAAUCAACAUUCGAGGCUAUGGUGGCGUGUACCGAUUGCCCAUGCAAAACAGAGCAUGACUUUGGAGUCCGGCUUUAUUUAAGCACUCAUCGAAAGCCAAAAGAUGCUAUCCUUCGCACUCAAGAUGGGGAUGUUAUCGACUUCGAUAUGUUUCUUUCUACGCAUUACGACUGGCAAGAGGUCCGAGUUCAUGCAACGGGGAAUCAAGGAGUGCCUGAUGCAGUGGGAAGUCAACAACCCAAGCGAAAGCGGAUGGAAGCCAGAUCGCUUAAAAUAAAGAGACUCUGUGAGGUAGUAGCAAAGACCAAGUCAAUGACUGCAUACCGCCUCGAGCUCAAGGUACUACAAAACCAGCUAUAUCAGCUACAGCCGGAGAUUUGUAACUCUGCUAUCGACACAUCACAGAACGCAGUUUCUCUGGAUUAUAUCCUUAGGCAUACAAGAGGGUCCUUUACUGAGAGAACGAAACGAAUAUUGGCUGUUAUCCUGGCUUCAACAAUCUUUCACCUCUACAACACCCCAUGGCUGCAGCCAACGUGGGGCUCAUCUGAUGUUCUGUUCUUCCACACCUCAUCGUCCACUACGCUUUUCAGGCCGUUUAUCAAUAGUACCCUCUCGAGUUUUCAGCCUCCGCGCAAUGAGGAACCUUCCAAAACCCUCGGACCCAAUGACAUGGUAGAUGACACUGAGGCGGAUGAUACCGACGUGGAAGACUUCUUUAAUCACCCAUGCCCGACCGUUAUCACAUUAGCUUUACUAUUGCUAGAACUAUACUUCGAAACGCCCUUCGAUAUUCUUGUCCGGAAGUUCAACACAAAGCUAGGAACAAAUACAAAAUCCUCGGCUUUCGCUAGAUACUUGGAUGCGAAUCUUGUGUUCCAGGCCUGCAAGGCAGAGAUUCCCCUAAACUCUCAAUUCUACCUGGCUUUAACAAAUUGCUUGGACCCGAAAGUCUGGCAAGACGAGGAUGGAGAGACGCUAGACACCUUGGCACUAAGAACGGCGAUUUAUCAGAAAGUCGUACUACCGCUAGAGACAGAACUGAGUCAAGCCUAUAGUUCUAUCCCAAUUGAGGAACUUGACAAAUUCGCCCAAAAGCUAGACUUUGGAAGGUGGGGACAUCUCAACUACAACCCGCAUGGAGAUUCUCAAGAGUCAGUAACAAGCACACAGAAAUCUACUUCCGUGGACCAUCGACAGUCUUCUCCCGUCCCAAGAUAUUCUGUCGAGGGCUCCAGUAUGGACAUAGAUAUAGAGGAUCAUGCGCUGGAUAUAAAAUCUUACCCUCAUUCUGCGUACACUGUCGGCGUCAUCUGUGCGCUUCCUCUGGAGCUCCGGGCAGUGCGAGCCCUUUUUGAUACAGAACACAGCGGGCACACCAAGAUGAAAGGGGACAGCAAUACUUAUGCACUUGGUACGAUAGGGCAGCAUAUGAUAGUCGCUGCUUGUCUUCCAUCAGGCGAGUAUGGAACAAACGCGGCUGCUGACGCCGCAUCUAACAUGAGAAGAACUUAUCACGAGGUUGAGUUCUGUCUCUUGGUCGGUAUAGGUGGCGGAGCUCCCUCCCCAGAGACAGAUAUUCGUCUUGGAGAUGUUGUGGUCAGUCAUCCAACAUCAACAUCGUCCGGUGUCAUUCAAUACGAUAGAGGCAAGGAGUAUAGAGGAAAUACCUUUCAGCUUACCGGUAGUCUCCAGGGACCCCCACGUUUCCUGAGGACCGCUAUAAGUGCACUUCGUUCAAAGCCUGAUGCGUCUUCCAGUUCGUUUCAACCACAUCUGGAAAAGAUUGCCCGAUCUAUACCGCAUUCCUCUAUGUCAGAUUACAGCCAUCCUGGACAAGGGAAUGACCACCUCUUUAAAGCAGUUUGCUCAACCUGUUUUGCACUUCGGGACUGUCCCAACGCAGAGAGUCAUGUGCAACGCAGGGUAACCCGACCAACAGACCUACCUGAAAUCCAUUAUGGCAUUAUUGCAUCCGGAAACAGGGUUCUCAAGGAUGCCAGUACACGUGAUCGCUGGGCAAAAGAAUAUGGUAUACUGUGUUUUGAGAUGGAAGCAGCGGGGGUUAUGAACAUUCUUCCAAGCCUUGUUAUCCGUGGUAUCUGCGAUUAUGCAGAUGCUUUUAAGAACAAGACAUGGCAGAAUUACGCAGCAGCAACCGCAGCGGCUUAUGCUAAGCUAUUACUGCAGCACACUGCCUCUAGUAGCAUAGAAUGGAGGUCUGCAAGAAUAGGUCAUGAAAGUUCCUGGCGUGUAUACAAUGAUGGACAGGAACCACCGGCAAAGCGCCAGAGAUCUUGA